CAGGUGGAAAGAAAUUCGACAAAAACAAAUUUGCCCAACGGAGAAAAAACAACCACUGGCGGAAAGAUGGCGGGAAGUACGCACAGGAAUUACCAAGAGGAUGAAAACUGGCAGACAGAAAAAAGAAACAUUGUGGAGCGAAAUCGUUACAUGUUCAACAACGAACUUAUGAGCGAUGUGCAUUUUCUCGUCGGAAAAUGCGAUAAGUUGAGAAUUCCAGCGCACAAGUACGUAAUGGCGAUCAGCAGCCCAGUGUUCUACGCCAUGUUUUACGGAAGAAUGGCCGAACAAGGAGAAGAGAUAAAAAUCGGCGACUGCGAAGCAGGCAGCUUUUUAGAGCUGCUGCGAUAUAUUUAUUACGAUGAAGCAAAAAUCGAUCCUUCGAAUGUCUUCGGCAUUCUAUACUUGGCCAAGAAAUACUUCCUCCCAUUUUUAGCCGAGAGGUGCGUGGUUUUUCUGGAAGAGAACAUCGACCAUCAAAAUGCCUUCACGUUACUCGCGCAAGCGCGCUAUUUCUGCGAGCCUAAACUGGAAGAAAAAUGCUGGGAAAUUAUCGAUAGGGAAACAGCUCGAGUUUUGUCGUCCGAGGCGUUUACAGAAAUCGAUCAUGAAACAUUGCUAGCGGUGCUAACACGUGAUACGUUGACGGUGCUCGAAGCGGAUCUGUUUAAAGCAGUAAAACGCUGGGCCGAAGGGGAAUGCAAUCGUAAAAUUCUUCCACCGACGCCAGAAAACAAACGGAGUGUACUGUCCAGCGCUCUGAAUUUCAUUCGCUUCCCCGUGAUGACUCUGAAAGAGUUUUCAGAGGACGCAGCACAAUCCGGAAUUCUUACCUCUGAAGAAACAAUCAAUACGUUUCUAUACUUUGGUUCCAAAGAUGAUACCAAAGUAAAGAAUUUUCUAACUCACCCUCGUCCUGGAGCGCACCGGGCUUAUCGUUGUACGCGGUUCCCCACUUAUGGUCAAGAUUGGCUUUGCGAAGGAACAAACGUCGAUAGUAUAAAAUUCACUGUCGAUCGAGACAUCACUGUCCUUGGUGUUGGACUCUACGGAGUAAGUAACAAAGAAGACUGCUCAAGUCCUUUUAGCGUUGAUGUAGAGCUUCUGGAUUCGCACAAUGAUGUUAUGUGUACGUACGAGGGAACGUUCUUCGCUGAUGUUAGCAAACGCGUCCAUGAUAUUCUCUUUGAUGAGCCCGUCAUCGUAAGAGGUCAUUGGCCGUACAUCAUUAGAGUCUUGCUCAAAGGACCGACCACGUUGGGGGGUACGGACGGGAUGAGAGAUGUUGUAACUGAGGGGAUAAGAUUUAGAUUUGACGUAGACGAAGCCAGCUUCAAUGGGACUACAACAGCUGAUGGACAAAUUCCAGAUAUUGUGUUUAAAAUUUAA